AUGGCUCUUUUGAAGCUUUUUAAAAGGAAGAAAUCCAAAUCUCAGACUAUAUCAGCUGACCAGAAUGUCAAUCCAACAGAACAACCUUCCCCGGAACAGAUGGGAUUUGUUAUUGCAAAUUCUACCAAUCCUGCGUUUCAAGAAGCGUGGAAGCAGCACUGGAUGGGACUCGAUGACAGCGAAAGGGCUGCUUGGAGUUUCCAAGGACAUAACUCACCGUUGAAAAUGCAAAGGACCAUUGAGGAUAUGGACAAGCUUCACCUUCAAGAGACUGCUAGUAGAAGAAUUGCAGGUCCAACUUUGAGAUUCUUGAGAGCUAUCGAAACAGUGAUGGCCGGUGCCACAAUUGGCAUUCAAGCGUAUCCGGAUGUCAGCUCUAUUAUUGUCGGUAUAAUUCGCGUCGUAAUCAACGUCGCAGUCAAAUACUUCGAGUAUUACGAAAAGUUGAGCAAAAUGUUAGAGGAGCUUGUGGACGACAUACAAGUGUUGGAUUUGUUCACACAAAAUAACGCAAACUCACCCGAGUUACAUGAUACUCUUGUCGCUCUUUAUACAAAUAUACUUGCCUUCUGUCGACAUGCACGUCGCGUUUUCCAUAUCCAGGGUGCAAGUAGCUUGGCUGUCUUAGUAAAAGUUCAGUGGGCACCAUUCGAGGAGGAAUUCGGGGAGAUUCGGGCAAAUUUGAAUCGCUAUACUGCAAAACUAGAUAGGGUAACCGCUGCGAUCACAAUGAAUACGGCAUUAGCCAUCAGAGAAGAGUCAAAGAAAACGUCUUCGAGCUAUGCACAAAACGAAAGAAAAGAAUUUCUGGACGGGAUAUGCGGCGACAGGAUCGAAGAAAUUCACAAUAUGAUUUGUGAACAGCGACUAGCAGAUACUGGGUCAUCUAUCUUCAGACAUAGCGUAUAUGAGAAAUGGGUCUCCGAACAAUGUACAGGACCUCUAUGGAUAUAUGGAGCAGCUGGCACUGGCAAAAGCGUCCUUGCGUCGAUGGUCAUAGACCACUUCAGCCAAGACAGCAAUCAGAAAGAUCAUGCGGUGGCAUAUGUUUACAUCAAAGGAGAGGAUACGACUCUACGAGGUUCUCCUAGCCGAAUAGUCUCGAUGCUCAUCAAACAGCUUUGCUGGAAAUUGGAAACACUCCCUAGUCAAACAUUGGAUUAUUAUCGCCAAUGCAAAAAGGACGCGCGCCUUCCUGUGCUGAAUAAGCUAGAAACAAUGUUCAUUGAAUGCGCUGGCUCUCUGAGCCGCGUAGUCGCGAUCAUUGAUGGAUUGGAUGAAUGCGAAGAGAAAUCUCGAAAGCCUAUAUUGGAUUUUAUUAUUGCAGCAAGUCAACAAACCGACUGCAAAUUUCUCGUUACUAGUCAAUGGGAGUGGGACAUCGAGCGUGCCUUUCGCCGUACGAAAUCACUGAUCAUUCCAGACAUGACUUCAGAUCUGAAAGAUAUUGCUAGAGUUGUCAAAUAUCGCGUGGAGAAGGAACUAGGACACCUCAGCUUGGAUACUCAGGAAUACCUCACCCAACAGCUAGUCGAGAAAUCGGGUGGAAUUUUUCUGUGGAUCGAUUUUCAGCUUAAUGACCUCGCACAGGUAAUAGAGCAUGACGUAAAAGCGCAGUUAAGUGUUCUGCCAUCCGAUUUGCAAGCAACCUAUAUCCAGUAUCUUCGAAAAAUAAACGCUCAGCCGAUCACAAACAAGAAACUUGCCCAACGUUGCUUCUUAUGGGCUUUUUAUACAGAUCGUUUAUUGAGUAGCGGCGAAUUCUUGGACGCAAUUGCUCUGGUAAACGAUCAUGAGAAAGUAAAGUACAACGCCUUUGAUCUUAUGGCUAUCACAAAAAAGCUUAUCCGGGUUACUAACAUUAUAUUUCCACGCGUGAGACCCGUUCAUUUUUCUUUGAGGGAGUUUGCGGUGAAUUUACAAUCAGAGCUGCCUCUGGAACUGCAGAGUAUGAUUCCUGAUAACGAAACAGCAAAUGCUCGCUUAGCCAUUGAGUGUCUUCAGCACUUAUUGGCGGACAUACCUCCUGAAGAAUUUAUGAGAAAUAUAUUACCUUAUUGUGGCAGCCACUUUGACACUCAUAUCCGACGCCUUACCACAAUACCGGAGGAAAUUCUACAAAUACUCGAUCGCAUCUUGUUCACUGAGGAACACAAGCUGUUGAAAAUUCUAAUCUGGCGCUGGCCGGUUCCAAUUGGAGAAGAACUGGAGCCAGAAUUUGGUUGUAUUGGUAACCCGCAGUCGAUUGAUCCUAUGUUUUUCUUGCGGUGCACCAAAUUGUAUCAGAUACCUGCCAUUCGCUCGCGCUAUGCAACGAUUGAGCGUAUCGAAGCUUAUCCUGAUGGAUACCUGCAUAUUGCAGCAAUGACCGGAUUAGAUGACGUCGUUGGUGAAUUGAUUGAGCGAGGUGUUGACCCAAAUCGAGAGGACACCGGUUCCUUUACGGCGCUACAAGCUCUGAGCGAUGCCGAAGAGUGUUCGGAGACAAUUGUCAUAAUGCUACUUAAAGCAGGAGGAGACCCCUAUAAGGCCACGAAGAGCGGAAGAUCACCCUAUGAACAUGCUCAGAACCGCAAACGAGAGAAAUUUGUGCAGAUUCUGAGCGAGUUCAAAGGCUUAAAAGCUAUUGAAACGUCGGAGAACGGUGUCGUUGACGAGUAA